GCUGCAAAACGAAACUACUGUCUGAUGCACUAUGACGUGCAUGCACUAAGACGUACAGGAGACAGAGGUGCGCGCUAUUGGCUAGGAGACGUGUUCAGAAGAAAAGCUAUUUCCGGACAGUGUCUACUGUCUUUGACGUUACAGACAUCUAGACGUUAGCUUAGUGGUUCAAUAUGCCUCAAACAAAGUCAAUGGAUACAAUCCAGCAGCAGACACUUCAGAUCGUCCUCUGCCUCUUUCAGGAGGACCUGGGGUGUAUUGAGGUGGAUGGAGUCGGCGAUGGUGACAAGUUUGACCCUGUUCCGAUCGCUAAUAAACUGAAGGAGGUGGCAGACCAACUGCAGAAACAGUGGGACAAGGAUAUCCCAGCAGCACUGCUUCGGGACGCAAACCAAGUGAGGGACAUCAGCAGUGCCUUCAGCAGUGCUGUGGACAGUAUUUGCCUGAGCCCCGGGGUUUGUGAGGGGCUUCCAGAGAUGAAGCUGCUCGCAGUGGCGGUGGCCCUAGGUCUCUACCUGAAAACACACGCCCCGGGGAACGUCUCCAACAUCCAGCAGGCAACCGCCAGCUUCCUGCGCAGCCGGGUGGAACCCUUUGUUGAUCAACAGGGCGGUUGGGGUGCCGUGGCAGACCUCUGAACCAGCCAUGUCGUUGUGACCAACAGUCUGACCUGAGCCAAGACUAUUCAAGAAGGUUUUUUACAACCCAGGAGGUCAAAACCACCAGCAUAAAACCGACUGGCCUGAUCCAUACUGAUUUUAUUGGUUAUUAUUUUUAUUAUUCCACUUGAUUAUGAAGGUUUUUUCAAUUUCUUAGCUUUUCUCUAAAAUGUACACCAUAGAAGGAAAAAGUAAGUUUACAGUAAGAAGUUUACAUAUGUUUACACAUGCACAAUCGCGUGAUGUGCAUGUGAAAAGUGAUGACAUGAUCACCUUUGUUGAUAGUAGAAUAUCAAUAGGAAUGGGUAUAGGAAUAUGAACACAUGAUUUAACUGAUGUAGUCGGUAUAUUCAGGUCAGAUCACAGGGAAAUACCAAGCUUAUAAGGAAAAUACUUGAAACCAGCCUCUUCCAGGAGACAGCGACCACAAUCAAACAUGAACCUGAUGAAUGGGAAGCUUCCUCAUGGGGAUGUUGUGCUGCAUGGCAAACGUAUUCCCAUACACCACAAUGAUUGUUAUUCCAUAAGUGCAAGGUUUAAUCUUGUGUAGUGUGUAAUGUAUAAACACUGUCUACAUCACACAUCUACGUAUCACGGGAGAAUCUAUAUAUGUGGCGUUUAUCUGUAAUGAAGUGAAAGGAACCAAGUGAGUAGAAAAAUGCAUUGCGAACUACCGUCCUGGUUGGUGAAUGUUUGUAAAUCACUAAUGUGCCUCUGUCACAAAAUAAAAAUGACUGUCCUAGGCC